CUAUUUACUUCCGUUAUGAGCAUUUGUGGUUUAGUUUUAAUUCGAGACACUUAAGUACAUCUACAUGUAUAUACAUUGUAACGAGAUAAAUAGCUUCUAAAAAUUACUAGUCUGAUAAGAAGUGUUAAAAUUCAUUGCAUCUGAAUAUUGGAAGAGUUGGAAGAACUAUGUUCAUACAGUUUACAGCUUCGUUGUUUCCUGUCUUUUUAAACAGCAUGCUGCUUGUGCUCGGACAAGAAAGCAAUGACCUGCCUGAAAGUGCUGCUAACUCAAGGAUAUGUCAAGGGUCAAACAGUGGUUUGGGUUUGAGUGGGAGCUCCCAGGAUCAAUAUGACUUUUACAGACAAAGAUACACAAAUUGUAAAUAUGUAGAUGGGAAUUUGGAGAUCACACAUUUAGAUGAAACCGGAAAUUGGGAUUUGUCUUUCCUUGAAUCAAUCGAGGAAGUCAGUGGAUAUGUAUUAGUAUCAUCUGUUUUCUCUCAAAAGUUGUAUUUACAGAACUUGCGUCUGAUAAGAGGACGUCAACUUUUUCGAAACACGUUUAGCCUACUGGUAUUUAGUAAUAGUUACGCUGGAUCUAGAACACAAGGAUUGAUGGAACUCGAAUUUAGAAGUUUGCAAGAAAUUAUGAAUGGAACUGUUUAUAUUUCGAUGAACAAUCUUUUGUGUCAUGCAACAACGAUAAGAUGGGAAGACAUUAAUCCUACUGUGACACAACAUUUUCGCACGAGCAUGGACAGUCCCGGUUAUAAAAGACUUUGUGGUGAGUGUGAUGCAGCAUGUUAUAAUGAGAAUACAGGUUCUAGACAUUGCUGGGGAGAAGGACCAGAUAUGUGUCAAAUAAUAAACCAUGGUCCUGCAUGCAGUCAAACGUGUACAGAUAGAUGUUUUGGUACUGGUCAAAAUCAGUGUUGUCAUUCUGAAUGUGCUGCUGGAUGUAGUGGACCAAAGUCAACAGAUUGUUAUGCUUGCAAAAGUUUUGUAAACGAUGGGAAAUGUGUCAGUAGCUGUCCAUCAGGUAUGGUGUAUAAUCAGCAACACGAGCUAGAUCUGCAAGAAAACGUAGAUGGGAAAUUAACGUAUGGUAUACUUUGUACGGCAAACUGUCCGCCACAAUUGUUGAAAGAUGCCGAACAUAAUACGUGUGUGCAUAGUUGUCGACCAAACAUGUAUAACGUGGGUGGUACCUGUGUGGAAUGUGAUGGCCCUUGUCCAAAAACAUGUAUUGGUCUAUCUGGUGCGGAUUAUAUCACCGCAAACAACAUCAAACAGUUUGAAAAGUGCACAGUGAUAACUGGUAAUCUAAGAAUUUUAGAAGUUUCAUUUAAUGGAGAUUUUCAAUACUAUAUACCGGGUAUAACAGUUGUCGAUUUACAAGUCUUCAAGAAUUUAAAGGAAGUAACGGGAUACGUGCAGAUACAAUCAAAUGACCCAGAGAUGACAACAGUGUCUUUCCUGUCAAACCUAGAGGUUAUCCAUGGAAGGGAACUUGAUGCAACGCAAAGCUCUCUCAAUAUCAUGUUUACUCAAAUCAGAACGCUGGGUCUGACGUCACUAAGGCAGAUAAAAAACGGACAUGUGACCAUAGCUUAUAAUCCCUUAUACUGUAACGAAUCAAACAUCAAUUUCCAAUCAAUGUUGGUUCAGAAAUCAGUACAGAGAGUACGAAUCAUCCGCAAUGAGAGCCCAGAAAUUUGCAAUAAUACGACGGUUCUCGAAUGACUAGCGCUGUACAAGUUAACAUCUGUAUCAUUUGCUGUCAUAUAUAAAUAAAAAUUGAUUCUUUAUCAACAAAUACAUUUUAUUAUUUUUUGUAUGGUAUGCUAUAAUUUGAAUAAAUACUUUAUGCAUAAAGAAA